AUGUCUGACUUCGUAGAAAGUGAAGCGGAGGAGUCAGAGGAGGAGUACAACCAAGAUGGGGAGGUUGUACCCAGAGUAACCAAGAAGUUUGUAGAGGAAGAUGAGGACGACGAGGAAGAGGAGGAGGAGAAUCUCGAUGAUCAAGAUGAGCAGGGGAACCUGAAAGGAUUCAUUAACGAUGACGACGAUGAGGAAGAGGAAGAGGAGGAAGAAGCCAGCGACUCUGGAGACUCUGAGGACGAUGUUGGCCACAAAAAGAGAAAGCGCACUUUUGAUGACCGCCUGGAGGAUGAUGAUUUUGACCUCAUUGAAGAGAACUUGGGUGUUAAAGUCAAAAGAGGGCAAAAAUUCAGGCGUGUGCGAAAAAUGUCCGAUGAUGAGGAUGACGAAGAGGAAGACUAUGGAAAAGAAGAACAUGAGAAAGAAGCCAUUGCUGAAGAAAUCUUUCAGGAUGGUGAAGGCGAGGAGGGAGGGGAAGCUGUUGAAGCUCCUGUUGCUCCACCAGAAGAGGAAGAGGAGGAGGAGGAAGAUGAAUCUGACAUCGAUGACUUCAUUGUGGAUGACGAUGGACAACCUCUGAAGAAGCCAAAAUGGCGAAAGAAGCUCCCUGGAUACACAGAUGCCGCUUUGCAGGAAGCCCAGGAAAUCUUUGGUGUGGACUUCGACUAUGAUGAGUUUGAGAAGUACAACGAGUACGAUGAGGAGAUGGAGGAGGAAUAUGAGUAUGAGGAUGAAGAAGCCGAAGGGGAGACACGUGUACGACCCAAAAAGACUGCCAAGAAGCGCGUCAGUCGGCGUAGCAUCUUUGAGAUGUACGAGCCUAGUGAGCUGGAGAGCAGUCACCUAACGGACCAGGAUAACGAGAUCCGCAUGACAGACAUGCCUGAGAGGUUCCAGUUGCGAUCCAUCCCGGUGAAGAGUGCUGAAGAUGAUGAGCUGGAGGAGGAAGCUGACUGGAUUUACAGGAACGCAUUUGCGACACCUACCAUCUCCUUGCAGGAAAGUUCUGACUACCUCGACCGUGGACAAGCCAGCAGCAGCUUCAGCCGUAAGGGGCCCAGCACCAUCCAGAAGAUUAAAGAAGCCCUAAAUUUCAUGAGAAAUCAACAUUUUGAGGUCCCAUUCAUCGCCUUCUACAGAAAGGAGUAUGUGGAGCCAGAGCUGCACAUCAAUGACCUGUGGAGGGUCUGGCAGUGGGAUGAGAAGUGGACCCAGCUGAAGAUCCGCAAGCAGAACCUGACACGUCUCUUUGAGAAGAUGCAGGCCUAUCAGUACGAACAAAUCUCUGCUGACCCAGACAAGCCCUUGGCAGAUGGAAUAAGAGCCCUGGAUACUACUGACAUGGAGAGGCUGAAGGACGUGCAGUCCAUGGACGAGCUGAAGGACGUGUAUAAUCACUUCCUGCUGUACUAUGGGCGAGACAUCCCCAAGAUGCAGAACGCUGCCAAGGCUGCUCGAAAGAAGCAAAAGCGUAUCCGAGAGGAUGGUGAAGAGGAGGAAGGUGAAGGGGAGGAUGCCGAAGAUGAUGAGCAGAAAGGGCCUGAGCUGAAGCAGGCUUCCCGUCGGGAUAUGUACACCAUCUGUCAGACAGCUGGGCUGGAUGGCCUAGCUAAGAAGUUUGGUCUGACACCUGAGCAGUUUGGAGAGAAUCUCCGAGAUAGUUACCAGCGUCACGAGACAGAGCAGUUCCCUGCAGAGCCCCUGGAGCUCGCCAAGGAUUAUGUGUGUAGUCAAUUCCCAAGCCCUGAAGCUGUGCUGGAAGGAGCCCGGUACAUGGUGGCUUUGCAGAUAGCCAGGGAGCCUUUAGUCAGGCAGGUCCUGAGACAGACUUUCCAAGAAAGAGCUAAAAUCAACAUUUCACCAACCAAAAAGGGGAAGAAGGAUAUUGAUGAAGCCCACUAUGCCUAUUCCUUUAAAUACUUGAAAAACAAGCCUGUGAAGGAGCUGCGAGAUGACCAGUUCCUGAAAAUGAGCCUGGCAGAGGAGGAGGCACUGCUCACAAUAGAUAUCAGCAUUGACAUGAAAGGAGUGGAGGGUUAUGGCAGCGACCAGACGUACUUUGAGGAAAUCAAACAGUUCUAUUAUCGGGAUGAGUUCAGCCACCAGGUGCAGGAGUGGAAUCGGCAGCGUACGAUGGCUAUUGAGCGGUCCCUCAACCAGUUCCUCUAUGUGCAGAUGGCUAAAGAGUUGAAGAACAAGCUGUUGGUGGAGGCCAAGGAGUAUGUCCUCAAGGCUUGCAGCCGGAAACUGUACAACUGGCUAAAAGUAGCUUCAUACCGUCCUGAUCAGCAGGUGGAGGAAGAUGAUGAUUUCAUGGAUGAAAACCAAGGGAAAGGGAUUCGGGUACUAGGCAUUGCAUUUUCCUCAGCCAGGGACCACCCCGUGUUUUGCGCCCUCGUUAAUGGAGAGGGUGAGGUUACAGACUUCCUCCGAUUGCCGCAUUUCACAAAAAGAAGGAACGCCUGGCGUGAGGAAGAGAGGGAAAAGAAGGCCCAGGAUAUUGAAACUUUGAAAAAAUUCCUCCUGAACAAGAAGCCUCACGUGGUGACAAUCGCAGGCGAGAACAGGGAUGCUCAGAUGCUGAUGGAGGAUGUAAAGAGAAUUGUUCAUGAGCUGGAUCAAGGGCAGCAGCUGUCCUCUAUUGGAGUGGAGCUGGUAGACAAUGAACUGGCCAUCCUCUACAUGAACAGCAAGAAGUCUGAGAAUGAGUUCCGCGAUUACCCACCUCUGCUGCGCCAAGCCGUCUCCCUUGCUCGCCGCAUUCAGGACCCCCUCAUAGAGUUUGCCCAGGUCUGCAGCUCCGAUGAGGAUAUUCUCUGCCUAAAACUCCACCCUCUGCAGGAGCAUGUGGUGAAGGAGGAACUGCUGAAUGCCCUCUACUGUGAAUUCAUAAACCGUGUGAACGAGGUGGGAGUGGAUGUCAAUCGGGCGAUUGCGCACCCUCACAGCCAGGCUUUGCUGCAGUACGUGUGUGGCCUGGGACCACGCAAAGGCACUCACCUGCUAAAGAUCUUAAAACAAAACAACACGCGUCUGGAGAACAGGACCCAGCUGGUUACGAUGUGUCACAUGGGACCCAAGGUGUUUAUCAACUGUGCUGGCUUCAUCAAAAUUGACACAGCAUCGCUGGGCGAUAGUACCGAUUCCUACAUUGAAGUCCUAGAUGGGUCUAGGGUCCAUCCUGAAACCUACGAAUGGGCAAGAAAAAUGGCAGUGGAUGCCUUAGAAUACGAUGAGUCGGCAGAGGAUGCUAAUCCCGCAGGAGCUCUAGAGGAGAUCUUAGAAAACCCAGAACGUCUGAAAGACCUGGAUCUCGAUGCUUUUGCUGAAGAACUGGAAAGACAGGGCUACGGUGACAAGCAUAUCACUUUAUACGACAUUCGAGCUGAACUAAGCUGCCGGUACAAGGACCUGAGAACCCCAUACCGUUCUCCAAACACAGAAGAGGUCUUCAAUAUGCUGACCAAAGAAACUCCAGAGACUUUUUAUAUAGGUAAAAUGAUCAUCUGCAAUGUGACUGGGAUAGCCCACAGGCGGCCACAAGGAGAAAGCUAUGACCAGGCAAUACGAAAUGACGAAACUGGCCUUUGGCAGUGUCCUUUCUGUCAGCAGGAUAACUUCCCAGAGCUCAGCGAGGUUUGGAACCACUUUGACAGCGGUUCCUGCCCAGGUCAGGCCAUUGGAGUGAAGACACGUCUGGAUAAUGGCGUCGCUGGCUUCAUCCCAACAAAAUUUCUUAGCGAUAAGGUGGUCAAGCGACCAGAAGAAAGGGUGAAGGUGGGAAUGACCGUUCACUGCAGGAUUAUGAAGAUCGACAUUGAGAAGUUCAGUGCAGACCUGACCUGCAGGACCUCGGACCUGAUGGAUAAGAACAAUGAGUGGAAACUGCCUAAAGACACCUACUAUGACUUUGACUCUGAGGCAGCAGAUCACAAACAGGAAGAAGACAUGAAAAGAAAGCAGCAGCGGACAACAUACAUCAAGAGAGUAAUUGCUCACCCGUCAUUCCACAACAUUAGCUUCAAGCAAGCUGAGAAGAUGAUGGAGACCAUGGACCAAGGGGAUGUGAUUAUUCGGCCAAGUAGCAAAGGGGAGAACCACCUCACUGUCACCUGGAAGGUGAACGAUGGGAUUUACCAACAUGUGGAUGUCCGAGAAGAGGGCAAGGAGAAUGCCUUCAGCCUCGGCUCCACACUUUGGAUUAACACAGAGGAGUUUGAAGACCUGGAUGAAAUUGUUGCUCGCUAUGUCCAGCCAAUGGCUUCUUUUGCCAGAGACCUGUUGAAUCACAAAUACUAUCAGGACUGCAACGGCGGAGACAAGAAGAAGCUGGAAGAGCUGCUGAUAAAGACCAAAAAAGAGAAGCCAACAUUUAUUCCCUACUUUAUCAGUGCCUGUAAAGAUCUACCUGGCAAAUUCCUCUUGGGAUAUCAGCCUCGAGGCAAACCGAGGAUAGAGUAUGUGACAGUGACGCCAGAAGGAUUCCGCUACCGGGGCCAGGUCUUCCCUACCGUGAACGGACUCUUUCGAUGGUUUAAGGAUCAUUAUCAGGACCCUGUUCCAGGUAUUACGCCCAGCAGUAGCAGUCGGACCAGGACUCCAGCCUCCAUUAAUGCUACUCCAGCUAACAUUAACCUGGCAGACCUGACCCGUGCAGUGAAUGCUCUACCGCAGAACAUGACCUCCCAGAUGUUCAGCGCCAUCGCUGCUGUGACAGGCCAGGGACAGAACCCAAAUGCCACCCCUGCGCAGUGGGCAUCCAGUCAGUACGGCUAUGGAGGCAGCGGAGGUGGCAGCAGCGCGUACCACGUCUUCACAACUCCAGCACAGCAACCGGUGGCCACCCCUCUGAUGACCCCCAGUUACUCCUACACUACCCCCAGCCAGCCGAUUACGACGCCCCAGUACCAGCUCCAGGCCAACACCACACCCCAGUCCACCCAGUCCCAGACGCAGUCCCAGCCAUCGUCCAGCUCCAGGCAGAGGCAGCAGCCAAAGACCAACAGUCACGCUGCGAUCGACUGGGGGAAGAUGGCCGAGCAGUGGCUCCAGGAGAAGGAGGCUGAACGGAGGAAACAGAAGCAGAGGUUGACUCCUCGCCCGUCUCCCAGCCCCAUGAUCGAGAGCACGCCCAUGUCCAUCGCUGGGGACGCCACACCGCUGCUGGAUGAGAUGGAUCGAUAG